AUGGCUUCCGCCGCCAACUGUGCGCGGUGCCUCACCAGGCCCACGACGGCCGCAGCAGCAGCGCCCAGAAUUCUUUCGCAGCGCAUUGUGCCCAUCAUCACCUCGUACACCCCGUCCGCCGGCGCCGCUCCCUUCUCGACCUCGUCGGCCGACUCGGCCGCCGUCCGCCGUGUGACGUAUAUCGGAAAGCACAUCCGUCGUGGCAAGAUUAACCAGAACGCGCGUAAGAAGCGGGACAAUGUCAGGGUCAAGAAGCCGGCCCCCGGCGAGCGAAAGGCUUUCCGCAAGCGCAUCACUCUGAGCAACAACAACGCCUUGGCUGUCGAGGGUCUCCAAGACGUUGGCAAGGAGACGUUGGCCGUGGCCGAAAACAGGGGUUCCGUGGUUGGUCUGCCAGACCAGCUUGUCGACCAGCUCCGGACGCUUGAGGCGUUCAAGACGACGCAGAACUGGGGCCUGUUCCGGAGACCGCACAUGCUCGUCCGGGAGGAGACGGUGAAGCUCGCGAAGAGGCUGGACGGCGCCGUCAAGGAGAGGCAGACGCUGAGAAUGGUGUUGACGGGUGACAAGAUUGUGGGAAAGAGCAUGCUGCUGCUGCAGGGCAUGGCUCACUCGCUGCUGAACAACUGGGUUGUCAUUAACAUCCCCGAAGCCCAGGACCUCACCAACUCCAACACGGACUACAGCCCUGUGCCCAACACCAAGCCCCUCCAAUUUUACCAGCCGACCUACUGCUUUAACCUCCUCCAGCAGAUCGUCAAGACCAACGGCCCCGUACUGAAGCAGUACAAGAUCUCCAAGGAGUACCCUGAGCUCCUCCAUGUCCCCAAGGACGGCACCCUGCUCGACAUCGCUACGGCCGCGAAGGAGCCCGAGUUCGCUUGGCCCGCCUUCCAGGCCCUCUGGCACGAGCUCACCACGGCACCUGGUGGCCCACCCGUCUUCCUCGGCCUCGACGGCCUCUCCCACAUCAUGAAGAUCUCGGCCUACCGCGAUCCGUCCUUCAAUCUCGUUCACUCGCACGACCUCACCCUCGUCCGCCUCUUUGUUGACGCCCUCUCUGGCAAGACCCCGCUCACCAACGGCGGCGCCAUCGUCGCCGCCACGAGCCGCAGCAACUCGCCCCGCUCCCCGUCCAUGGAGCUCGCCCUUGCCCAGUCCGCCGCCGCCGCCGCAGACAUGCACGUUCCCACCCCGGACCCCUACGCCAAGGGCUACGACGACCGCGUAUAUGAGGCCGUCCGCGGCGUUGAGACCUUCCACGUCAGCGGCAUCAGCCGCGAGGAGGCCCGCUCCGUCAUGGAGUACUGGGCUGCCAGUGGCCUCAUGCGUGCGCGCAUCGACGAGGCCACCGUCGCGGAGAAGUGGACCGUUGCCGGUGGUGGUGUUCUCGGCGAGCUGGAGCGGGCAAGCUUGCUCAACUCGCGUGUAUUGCAGUACUAA